UGACUUUUCUAUCUUGUGAAAAUUUACGUUCAAGUACCUUCAAGACCUCAGCAUUUAUUAUUGAGGUUAUGUUAUGUUAUAUUUGACAUGUAGAUACUGCGGAUAUUGGAGAAACAUUAAUUAUGUCUUUAUACGAUGAUUUUGAUAAACAUCGAGCAUCGGACAAGGUUGCUGGUUGGUCGUCUGGAAUAAAAUUAUUGCAAUCCCAGUUACAACUGAAAAAAGCCGCCACCACACAGCCAAAACGAGAGCAAUACAGAAAAGCUGCAGCUGUAUUAGCUCCUGUAAUAGAUUUAAAGUCAAAGAUAAAUAGGGAUGUUGAUAAAGAAGACGAACAACAAACUAGUAAUUCUUUGGGAGCUAGUGGUGGUAAUAGUAUUACUGUCGGAGGGGAAUUUGAUUGGAAUGUUGUUAACGAAUAUGAUCCAAUGUGGCCAAAUGAAUAUGAAAAAGUAGUUAAAGAGUUACGUGAUAUUCGUGACCGUGAACAUGAUCAAGAAACAGAGUUGCGUAAGAGGAGACGUGAUAAUACACGUUUCGAAGAUACUCAGGCUACUCCAGGAAAUAAUACUAUGGUUGCACCUGAAAGAGACGAGGAAAGGACACCUACGUCAAGGGGCAUUGCUGGUGGUGCAGCCAUAGCACCACCACCAUCCUUACAAGAAUCCGCAGACCUGCCUCCUCCAACAUUACGAGCACAAUCUUCUAAUAUGGGAUAUGCUACAUCCUCAGUAGCUGCUAAAAUUAUGGCCAAGUACGGUUUCAAAGAAGGUCAGGGUCUGGGAAAGAAGGAACAAGGCAUGUCAGUGGCACUUCAAGUCGAAAAAACAAGUAAACGCGGUGGUCGAAUUGUCGGCGAAAGGGAACAAUUAAUGCCACCACCACCGCCUGUUGCCGUCUCACCACCUCCAGCUGUACCAGGGCAACAAUCGCAAGUACAACCACAACCACAAGAAGAACCUAGUAUUACAGAAAUCAUGAAAUCCCCUAGCAAGGUUGUUUUGCUGAGGAACAUGGUGGGCCCUGGUGAAGUUGAUGAAGACCUUGAACCUGAGGUCAAAGAUGAAUGUAACACUAAAUACGGUGACGUUGCCCGCGUUAUUAUUCAUGAAGUGAUCGAUGCACCUGCUGAGGAAGCUGUUCGAAUUUUUGUGGAAUUUAAAAGAAUUGAGAGCGCCAUUAAAGCUGUUGUAGAUCUAAAUGGGCGCUUCUUUGGCGGCAGACAAGUGAAAGCAGGCUUCUACUCGAGCGAGAAGUUGGACAAUUUACAACUUAUGGAUUAAUAAUAUGUAGGCUUACCAAUGACGCCUGAUUAGAUUACUAUACAGUGGGAGUAAAAGUAAAUUUUCUUUUAAUUAUAUUUUUCUUAAUGAUCCAGAUCCGUUUAUCUGCUCUUACCUUCAACUUUACAAAAAAAAGGGGGGGAACAAUUAAAGGUAAUAGUGGAUAGAAAAGACAUGAGCACGUGGUAAUUUAAAGAAUAAUUUUCAACUUUAAUGCAUGAAUUACAAAACACGAGUAAGCAGAUCUCAUAACACUUCAAACUCUUUCGUUUAUAACGAAUAUGUUACAUAUAUCUUUUUAGUAUAUUUUCACUCACAAUUUAUUUUCGUACAGUACAACGUAAUUGUACUCAAAAUUGUUCCCAUGAUUUGUAACAAUUUUUAAUGGAAGAUAUACGAUAGCGACUUAGAAAAUUAACAAAAUGUUUUAUAAUUUAUAUGGUUAGAAUGGUGAACAAAAUGAAACUGGAAGUAUGCUCUGCAUAAAAUCGAAAAACAAAUAUACAAAUGAUAUUUACCGUA